AUGUCUGCUGCUGCCAUCCGGGUUUUUACCUCUCUGCGAAGGCAAGCUAAGAAGUAUACCGAAGAGCAUGAAUGGAUUGAGGUGGCUGGGGAUGGAAAGACUGCAACCAUUGGCAUAACUGAAUACGCCGCCAACGCGCUGGGUGACGUCGUCUUUGUAGAACUGCCCGCCGCCGACACCGACGUCGCCGCGGGCGAGACCAUCGGGGCUGUCGAGUCCGUCAAGUCCGCUUCGGACAUCCUCUGCCCCGUGACAGGCAAGAUCGUCGAGGCUAACACCAAGCUGGAAGAGUCGCCCAAGGUCAUCAAUGAGAGUCCUGAGGAGAAGGGAUGGUUUGCCAAGAUCGAGCUUGCGGAUCCGACUGAGCUGGAGGGUUUGAUGGAGAAGGAGGUGUAUCUGGCUAAGGUGGAGGAGGCGGACGUUGAGAGUUGA